UUGUUUAGUUGACGUUUGAUUGCGUUUGACGUUAACAUAACCUAAAAAAAAUUAAACUUUCUUUUUAGUGAAUAUUCAGUGUUUUAGCAAAAAAUAAGCAUGACAUCGAAAGAAGGACAUGAUCAUCAACAUAGUCAAAUUCAAAAAAAAUUGGAGAACCUUAAAAUAGAAGAGGUAGCCCUCCAACAAGAAAUUCAAAACUUUCUCAAACAAAAAUCUUAUCUUGAUGGUAAAGUUAAAGGGCUUUCGCGAAUGUUACCCCAAAUAAAAUUAAUAAGACAGGAUGCUGAAGGGUUGGUAAAUUCAAUAAAUCAUAUUUCGGAAUCUUCCGAAAAUAUAAGUGGUAAAAUUAAAGUUUUAGAUAGAGCUAAGAGUAGAGUUGAAGAAGUACAAAAACGUGUUAGUGACCUAAUUGAUUUAGAAAUGUGUUCUGAUGGUGUACAAAAAGCAAUUUUAGAUGAAGAUUACGAAAAAGGAGCUGCAUUAAUUCAUCGAUUUUUAUCAAUUGAUCAAUCUCUUUUAAAGCGAACUGCAUCAGAUGUAGAAAAAGUAUCGGGUGUUCUUAAAUCUGUUCGUACUCUUCAAGAUGCAGCAAGUCAACUUCAAGCAAUUAUUAAACAUAAAUUUGAUGAUGCAGUUAAAUCGAAUGAUUUGCAUUCAAUUGAAAGAUUUUUUAAAAUUUUCCCUCUUAUUGGAAUGCAUGACGAGGGUAUAAGGGAUUUUUGCGAAUACUUGAGUAGUAAAUUAGAAGAGACAGCCCAAAAAAAUUUAACAACAGCUUUAAACACUCCAAUAGCUGAUAAACGUUACAAUAUUAUUUAUGCUGACACCUUAACAUUGUUGUAUGAAGGAAUAGCAAGGAUGAUUAACGUGCAUCAACCAUUAAUUGAGACUUAUUAUGGACCUGGAAAGUUGUUAUCUGCAGUUAAAAUAUUACAAAAAGAAUGUGAUAAACAAACAAAAAGAAUUGUGGGGGAAUUUUUAAAAAAUCGUAAUGUCAAUAAAAGAAUUUCGCAAAUUACUGAGAUUUCUAGGAUGAGUAGUUCAUCCAGUUUUAGUAAAUUAGAAAAAAUUGACCCGAAAGAUUUAGAUAUUUUAAUCGCUGAAAUCACUAUUAUGCAUUCAAGAGCUGAGCUUUAUAUUAAUUUUAUUAAAGGAAAAGUUACUAAUGAUAUUGAAGUUGGAAUUACAGAAAUUGAAGAUCGCGUUAAACAAUUUGAUGUUUUAGAAAGUUUAGUUAAAAACAGUCAAUUAGCUCAAAGCAAACAUGAGUUACUUGGGUUUUAUUUAAGAUUAGAACAGUAUUUCAUGGAGGAAUCAAUAAAUAAAGCGGUUAGCUUAGAUUCAGUUGAUCAAGGUCAAUAUGUUUCUUCAAUGGUUGAUGAUACGUUUUUUAUUAUAAAAAAAUGUAUAAGGAGAGCAACAUCAACCGGAAGUUUAGAUGGAAUUUGCGCAAUAAUAAAUAACGCUUGUCGUGUUUUAGAAAGCGAUUAUUGCAGCAUUCUUCGUUCGAAACUCAAACAAGGCUAUCCUUCCGGUUAUCUUGAUUUAACGCAAGCUUACAACGUCCUUCAAACUUCCAUUCAACAAGGAAGACUUCAACCCGGCGACACAGAAGUGGCAAGAACCGCAUUUAUUGUUGCUUUAAAUAAUGCGGAUACAAGUAACGAAUACGUCGAUACUUUAUGUGAUCGAGUUUUAUUAGAAAUUGUUCAAGCGAUGCCAAGCAUGAAAGAGAAUGAUAGAGGAAAAUUGGAAAGUUGUUUAUCUGGAUUGUCUUCUGUUACGACAGCUUUAAAAGAAGUUAUUGAUUAUGGAUUGCAACAGUUGAGGUCGAGUGCGAUUAAACCGAGAGUUACUUCUUGGAUUGAUGGGUUUAUUAAUGUUAAUCAUCAAUUAUCUGAGGAAGAAUUAUCUGCUUAUGAAGCAGGCGAGACCUUUAUUCAAACUCUUAUAAUGAAUUUAGAAACUUUAUUAUUACCUUUCAAGGAAGUUUUAACCCCAUCUAAUUACGACAGUUUAAUUACCGUGGUUACAACUGAGAUUACUCUUCGAUUUGAAAAAGUUAUUUUAAAAUCAUCCUUUAAUAGAUUGGGUGGAUUAGUUUUAGAUAAAGAAGUUCGAUCUUUAUCAGGAUAUUUAACAGCGUCAACUUCCUGGUCCGUUCGAGAUAAAUUUGCUCGUUUAACCCAAAUAGCUACCGUUUUAAAUUUAGAGAAAGUUUCGGAAAUUUCCGAUUAUUGGGGCGAUCAUGAUGGUGCAUUGACUUGGAGAUUAACUCCAUCUGAAUUGAGAUCAGUUAUGGCAUUAAGAAGUGAUUUUAAAAUCGAAGAUAUUCGACGUUUGAAGCUAUAAAUUUGUAGUUAAUAUAAAAUAAUGUAUGUUUAAUAAAAUAAAUUUCUGCAAUAUUUAUGGAA